UGACCGAAUCCAGCUGCCAUGACAUAUUCAUGGAUAUCGGACAACAGAACCAUCUUUUUAUUUUAGUGUUUGCAGCGUUACUCACGCCAUCAUGUGCACACAGACUAUUGGAUUAUAAUUAAUGCUAGUAUCGACCAAUGAUUCUUUCUUUAUCCGCUAGUCUUCACUUUGAUUUUCGCUUCAAGUCGCUAACUCAUAAGGCAAAUGUGGAGGUACAGGAUCCUGGACCGCCGAGCACAAUGGCUUAUCAUAAUACUGCAGUAUAUCCACAUUGCGCCCGGGCAUUGCUAUUUUCCCAUCUCAUUCAGACGCAAUAAGAAGCUACACGACGUGCAUUCCUUCGUGCGCCACACUCAUUUUCUGCCUCCUGGCCCAAUGCAGACAGGGUAUUCGGCAGACGAUUUCGUAGCGGCGAGGAGUUUGCAGUACAUAUACGCAUCAAUGGCUACGUUCUGGGUGUGCUUGUUGCGAGGUAUUUCGGAGUGGAUGUUCUUGCUUCGGUCACGCUGGUCCAUUGUGAAAGGCCUUUAUGUUGUCACACGAUAUGUGCCUUUUCUCCUCUUCACUGGGCAUCUGUAUAUGAACUUCAUCUCGAACGAGAACUCUGAUAAAUGCCAGUUGUUGAACACUAUUUGCUCAUGCUUCAGCUUUAUAUCAGUGUCUUGUUCUGAAUGCUUUUUUCUCCUCAGGACAUAUGCGCUCUGGAACAACAACAAAAUUGUGCUCGCAACUAUGGUGGCAACCUUUCUUGCUGUCGGCAUAUCGUCCAUAAGCUUUGCCUUCGCCACUACUGCCACCGCACCGUGGAAAACUAGCGCAAUCCCAGGCAUCACAGGCUGUUAUCAGAGCUCGGCUAUCGUCCAGCUCUUCAUACCAUUCAUUCUCUUGCUUGGGCUUGAAUUUGGUCUCAUGUGCCUUACGCUCAUACGCGCUAUCCUCAGCUGGCGGUCCACCAACAGCCAUCUGUACACUGUCCUGGUGAAGCAUAACAUAUUCUACUAUGCAUGCGGUCUCUUUUUCUCGACGGUGAACGUCCUCACAUUGCUGCUAUUAUAUAUAGAAACUGUACAGGGGUUCGGUUAUAUCUAUGGUUAUGUUAGCCCCAAGGCCCCCAAACACAAAAUGGUCAGGUGUUCUAUUUAAAUUUACCUACAUAAAUGGUAAAACAACCCUAUAAAAGAGUGAUUUC